AUGAAGUUCUCUACUCUCGCCUCCAUCAGCCUUACUGGCCUCUCUGCUGCCUUGGCCGCUCCCAGCUACAACCAAGGCAGCAAAGGCGCCGUCUUCGCCCUGACAAACGCCGUCAACAACCAAGUCGUUGCCUUCUCCCGCAGCGCUGACGGCACUCUGGUCAAGACCGGAAUCUAUCCCACCGGUGGCAACGGCCAGGGGGUCGACUUUGACACUCAGGGGGGCCUUCAGCUCAGCGCUGACCACAGGUUCCUCUACGCCGUCAACCCGGCCAACGACCAUGUCACCGUCUUCGAGGUGAACGGAUCCAACCUCAAGAGGAUCCAGUCCAUCUAUGCCGGUGAUCAGCCCCUUUCCAUUUCCCUGAGCAGCAGUGGAUUUGCCUACGUGCUUGACGGCUCCGUCGCCUCAACGGGCAUCUUUGGGUUCAAGGUGAACAAGGUCACUGGUCUUCUUUCGCCCAUUACAAACUCCACCAUUGCCACCAGCAACCCGAUUGGUGUCCCAGGCACCGUCGCAUUUUCCCCUGACGGCCACUCCCUCAUUGUCACCAACAAAGUCGGCAGCACCAUCGACAUCUUCACUGUGGGAUCAACGGGACACGCAAGCCCGGCACCCUUCACCUCCAUCUCAUCCAGCGGUCUCCGUCCCUUUGGCGCCGUCUUUGGCCGAUCCAGCAACCUCUACGUUGUCGAAUCCGGCCUGCCUGCUCUCGGCAACGCAGGUCUGUCCACGUACAAGCUGCACGGCGGCCAGGCCCCCGUCCUAGAGCCCCUCACCAAGUCCGAGAAGAACCAACAGACAGACGGCUGCUGGGUCGUCGUUACCCCUGACGAAAAGUACGCCUACACUGCCAGCUUCGUCACCAGCGCCAUCUCCAGCUACUCUGUUGCCAAGAACGGUACCGCCACCCUGAUCAAGGGUGACGCCGCCCUCCCUGGAGAUGGAAGCGAGCCCGUCGAUCUCGCUCUUAGCAGUGAUGGCACUUACCUUUACAACUUGCUCCGUGGCAGCGGCGCCAUUGCUGCAUGGAAGAUCCGGGCUGACGGCUCUCUGCAGUCCAUUGGUGGAUCAUUCGGCAAGGGCAGCAUCCCGGUUGCAGAUGGUGCUUCCGGCCUGGCUGCAUACUAA